AUGACCGACGUUACGCAAACAGAGAAUGCAACUAGGGAUGGAGAUCGAGUUAUCAUUCUUGCUUGCCAAAUUAUGGCUGCAAAUCCUCACCUCACCGAUACUCAGGCUCUUGGCUUGGCCAAAGCGAUCAUGGCUGGAGGUCUGAACCUUGUCCAAGGACAAAUGGGAGAGUUCGUUGAUCCUCAAGUCAGAACUCUUGCUAUGCAGAUAAUCCAAGCGGAACCUCGAGUUGGUCACCAACAGGCUGUACGAGUUGCGCAAGCCAUAGUCUACGGAGGUAUGGGUGUCACUCAAGGGGUUGGUCGGUAG